CUCGUAGUUGCUAUUUGUUUACAUCUCCGGCAUGGCUCCUUCGGCGAGGCGGGCGAUGCUUUUGUUGCGAGGCCUCGGCCACAGUGGGCUUGGCUGGCACUGUGGCCCUGCAGCAAGUGCCUCCUGGGGCCGGCGGUGGAACAGUGCCGAGGCUGCCGUGGCCCCCCCAAGACCUACUGCCCCCCGCACCCCAAUCACCAGCCCAGCACAGCACACCGCCCAGCAGCUUGGCCUCUGGUACACAAUGCCGCCAGAGAUAGUGAGGCAGCUCUUCUCGUAUGGCGGCCUCAAGAAGGAGUAUACGAGCCUCUGCCAGACCUUCGCCGAGACCUGCCUUAUGGUGCGGGAGCCGGCCCUCACCGCCAUUGACCUCAUCCGCCGCUGUGACCUGUCCCUGCCGCCCAACAAGCUCUUCUUCUACGGUCGUGACGGGUGUGGCAAGACUCUAAGCCUGGCACACACCGCUCACUACCUGGCCGAGUCCGGGUGGCUACUCGUCCACAUACCCUGGGCACCCAACUGGAGGCGCUUCUUCAAGGAGGUGGCGCCCUCUACCACCAUCCCAGGCCAGUACAACCACCCCCUGGACGCUACGAUCUGGCUGCAGCACUUCAAGACGGAGAACGGGGAGCUUAUCAAGAGCCUGAAGCUUGAGACACAGCAGGAGUACGUUUGGUCCAAGAGGGAGAUCAUGGCACCUCACAUCCCCCUCCUGGAGCUGGUGGACCUGGGCAUCGCAAGAGCUCGCUACUCCACGGAUAUCGUCUUCGCCCUCGUCUCCGAACUCAAGACGCACGCCAUCCAGGACAGGUGCAAGGUGGCGGUGGUGAUCGACGGCAUCAACACCUUCUUCUCGCCUGUCACCCGUCAUCGCCGAGAGGACCGGAGCAUCGUCGGGCCGGAGCACUUCACACUGUUCCAGGCCUUCAUGCAGCUCUUUGGCAGCGACUGGAAGAACGGUGUAAUGCUCGGCACCUUAGACAGAAUCGCUAAUGAGGCCGCAAGGAGGGAGUCACACCUGCCUCGCUACGUCCUGCGCCAGAAGGGUUGGGAGACGCUUGAUCCCUUCGUGCCGAUCCCUGUUGAUGACUACAAUGAGGUCGAGAUGCGGAGUGCCAUCGACUACUUUCUGGACCGUCACUGGCUGCAGAACCCCAUGGCUGGCUCGGACAUUGGGCGGAGAGAGUUGGCGACCCUCUCAGCGCACAACCCUCGCCUCCUCGCGGAUGUCUGUCGGCCCCUCUAACGAGAACGGGUGUGGGACAGGUGUGGAGGGCAGGCAGGUGUGUGGCCGUAGUGGUGUUUUCUCUGUACAGUUUUUUUUUUAAUGUGUGUAUAUGUUAUGUAUUCUCAAGAGUACUAUGUGAAUAAAUGCUAGUAAUGA